AAAUACAAUUGGUGGAGCCAUUCGUCAAUAUGGAGGAGGAGCAAGAAAUACAACCAACAGUCCCGGAAUCGUCCAAUGUUCAACAGGUAUACGUCUUGCAGUCUGAUAUGGAUCGACUUACGAACCAACGGAACCACGCCAGCAAUAGGAUUUCCCAUAUCAUCGAAACAAUGGAGGCUUUCCAAAAUGAUGUGGUGAUGAUCGAAACGCGACGCGACAUGCUAAAGCAAGCAUACACUGCUUACGAUGCCGUUCAAAAUUCUCUCGAACAACUGAUGCCUGACGAGAUCUCAACAAGGGACGCAGUGGAAUUAAAAUACAUUGCGGGUAUGGCAGCCUUCGAAAAAACUAUCAACAACCAAAAGAAGACCGAUGUGCCCCCAAUAUCCAAGGACGCUAUACGACUACCUACGAUCGAUUUGCCAAAGUUCAGUGGUUCAAGCGAACAAUGGCUUGAAUGGCACGAUAAAUUUAAUUCGUUGAUUCAUUCAAGGGCAAUACCAGGAAUACAAAAAUUGGAAUAUUUAAAAGUAUCUCUACGUGGUCCAGCGCUCGCCAUUAUUGAUUCUCUGCCGACAACUGAGAACAACUAUCAAAUCGCUUACGACUUACUAACGCGAAGAUAUAACAACCCGAAACAGUUGAUCCAACAACACGUCCGGGAAUUAUUCGAACUCAAACCGGUGGAAACUGAGUCAGCAGCUAAUCUGAGAGUGUUAUUUGACAGCGCACGAAAACACAUCAGAUGCCUGCAGAUAUUGGAACAACCAGUUCAAAGCUGGGAUGCUAUGUUGAUCCAUAUGAUGUCCAACAAACUAGACGCGUACACUCGCAGGCAAUGGGAAACAGCAGCGUCCGGAGUAACACCGCCCACCUACGAACAAUUGGAAUCUUUUGUAUUGGACCGAUGCCAGGUAAUUGAAGCUAUCUCGGUCAAACGCAAAAAUCCUUAUGAAAACACUGCAGGCCCUUUGAAGCGUGUAAAAAAUGUCGUGGUGGUAACUGUUGAAGAUGCAACGGUCGGCAUCAUACCUCACUUCAUCGGGACAAUCAUCGAAUCUAUGAUACCAAGCAAAAUAACAGCAAGUGUAAUCAAUCACCAGACACAGCUAUCCUCCCCACAGCAUCAAUCUUAGUACGUAUAAAGGAAAAGUCUGUCGAGUAUUGCUAGACUCCGGGUCUCAAACUAGUUUUGCUACCAAGUCGUUUAUACAGAAAACAGGGAUAUCAACGAAAACCACCCGGGUAAACGUCCAAGGAUUUGGUAACACUAACACAAUAGUGCAAGAAAAAGCCACUAUUUCGAUCAAGUCUCGUAUAAGUGAUUAUCAAAGGUCAAUCACGGUACUUAUUACGGACAGCAUAACAGAUUCCGUUCCCAACAACGACAUUGUAAUAGAUGAAUGGGAUUUACCCGAACUACUUUUGGCUGACCCUGAAUUCAAUAAAUCAAGGCCAGUCGAUUUAUUGCUUGGUAUUUCAAUAGUACUGGACGUUUUAAGAAGUGGGAACCAUCAAGUUGGACCAUGCCUACCGUUUAUGCAGAACACUAGUUUGGGAUGGAUAGUAGGAGGUUAUUUACAAAAAUGAACGAAAAUCGCAAAUUAACUCAGUUUAUGCAAGAAAAUAUCCAAGCUUACAACACUCUAUCAUGGACCGAAGAAGAAUCUGUUUUUGAGCAACUGUUCCUUGAAACAACUUUGAGAAAUAAAGAGGGGAGGUUCGUGGUACGUUUACCCUUGAAAGAAACUUACGCUUUAUUGGGUCAAUCCAAGAAUUUGGCAUUGGACAGAUUUCUCAAAUUGGAACGUAGAUUUGAACGCGAUCCCUUGUUACAUGAACAGUAUAGAGAAUUCAUGCUUAAUUAUUUGGAUCUAGGUCAUAUGGAAAAGAUCAAUGAGGAACAGAUAGCAGAGAACCAGGCACAUUUCUACUUCCCUCAUCAUCCUGUCUUAAGACCUGAUAGUGCGACGACCAAACUACGAACUGUUUUUAAUGGAUCAGCCCAAACGUCUAGCGGAUUAUCAUUAAAUGACGUUUUGUUAACCGGCCCUACCAUACAGCAAGACAUUUUCAGUAUAUUAUUGAGGUUCAGAUGCUAUCGCUAUGGAAUCACGGGAGACAUUCAAAAAAUGUUCCGACAAAUUUUGGUUCACGAAGAAGACAGAAGGUUUCAACUCAUACUGUGGCGAUUUUCAUUGGAAGAACCUAUAAGUACGUAUCAAUUGAACACCGUAACGUAUGGAACUUGCUCAGCUCCAUUUACUGCUGCUCGCUGCCUAAAACAACUAGCAAUUGAAUUCCAAUCUGAGUUCCCUGAAGCUUGUAAAAUCAUUGAGAAAGAUUUCUACAUGGACGACGUUCUAUUUGGCCACGAAGAUGAACAAAAACUGAUCCUACUAAAGGAACAACUUACCCGUAUACUUAAAAGUGCAGGUUUCGAACUUCACAAUUGGAAGUGUAAUGACCCAAAGACGGUUAUAGAAGAACAAAAUACGUCAACGAAAAUCCUCGGCCUCCAGUGGAACACCUUCAAAGAUCUGUUAAGCAUUACGAACGAAAUCGACAUAGAAGCGGGAACCACGAAACGCAACAUUCUUGCAGAAGUGCAGAAAAUAUUCGACCCCCUUGGAGUGAUUAGUCCUGUUGUAGUACAAGGGAAGAUUCUUAUGCAGAAUAUUUGGUCCCAUAAGCUGCAGUGGGAUGAAAAACUACCAAACGAUAUCAUUUCUGAAUGGACUUGGUUUUGCAAGCAGAUAUGUGAUUUGAAGUACAUCCAAUUUCCAAGGUAUACGUCUUCUUCGGGACAGUUUACAGAACUCCAUGGAUUUUCUGAUGCUGCCAAACGGGCUUAUGGAGCUGCUAUAUAUGUUCGUACUGUUGCAUUUGAUGGAAAAGUAACGGUUCAUCUAAUGUGUGCUAAGUCAAGAGUAACUCCACAAAGUGCGAAUAAUAAUAACAACGACUUAACCAUCCCUAGACUUGAAUUAAGAGCAGCUGUAUCAUUGGUAGAAUUGAUGGAUAAGGUCCGAAGUGCUUUGACUAUCCCAAUACAAGGCAUUCAUUACUGGACGGACUCGAUGGUAACUCUAGAUUGGAUUGCCAACCCAAACAGAUCACGGCCACAAUUUGUAAGCAACCGGGUGAAGAUUAUUAAUGAAAAAACUAAGUUAGAAGCAUGGCACCAUGUUCGCUCAAAGGACAAUCCAGCGGAUCUAAUAUCCCGGGGAAGCUCUGCCAAGAAACUGAUAAACAAUCAACUGUGGUGGAAUGGGCCAAUCUACCUACGAGAAGACAAUAAGAAAUGGAACUUUGAAUCAACAUUAAGUUUAAAAACAACUGUUCAGAUACAAAGGUCCACAAAUGAUACUGACUCACCGUUUGCUUUCAUUGAAAAGGUAUCAAACCUAGGAAAACUCCAAAGAAUCGCUGCUUACUGUUUGCGUUUCGUCCAAAAUUGUCGAUCCAAAUCCAAACCAGGUGAUCGUCUCACAGGAAAAAUUACCAUUUGGGAAAUUCGGCGAGCUCACAAAACUAUCAUCAAAACAACACAACAACGUUUUUACGCGGAAGAAAUAAGCUGUAUAAAGAAAAAGAAACCACUCUCCGGUAAAAGCGUUCUGCUCACACUGAAUCCUUUCAUAGAUGUCGACGGAUUAAUGCGUGUUGAUGGCCGAAUUCAAGCAGCUGGAAUCUCAUUUGAUCAGCAACAUCCAAUCAUUCUUCCUCCCAAGUCAAACUUUACACAAGUGGUUGUAAGAAAUUAUCACUUAUCGUACCUUCACAUUGGACCUCAAUCGCUGUUAUACACGGUUAGAUUAAAAUACUGGGUUCCAAAGGGAAAAUCAUUAACACGAAAAAUAAUUCAUCAGUGUAUGACAUGUUUUCGCAAUAAACCCAAACCACUGAACCAAAUCAUGGGAGAAAUUCCGGAAGUAAGAUUGAAUCCGGGAAAACCCUUUAAAGAGUGUGGUGUCGAUUUUGGUGGACCUUUUAUCAUUAAAGAGAACUUUGUAAGAACUCAAAAAACAUUGAAGGUUUAUGUGGCAUUGUUCAUUUGUCUUAAAACUCGGGCAGUUCAUCUGGAACUCGUCAGUAGCCUGACAAGCGCAUCAUUCAUCGCAGCUUUAAGACGAUUUUCCGAAGUUCGGGGUCGUAGUGCGAUAAUUUAUUGUGACAAUGCGACUAAUUUUACUGGGUCCAAAAAUGAAAUCAAAUCAUUAAAAACCAAUUUCAAAUGCCAAGUAGAACCAGAUAUUCAAGACUUUUGCACGAAUGAAGGCGUUGAUUGGAAGUUCAUUCCCCCGAGAUCUCCGGCAUUUGGUGGUAUUUGGGAAGCGGGUAUCAAGAGUGUGAAAUACCACUUGCGGCGUGUUCUGGGUUCUUCAACACCCACAUACGAAGAAAUGUUAACUUUAAUGAAGCAGAUCGAGGGGUGUCUUAACUCAAGGCCUAUCUCUCCAAUAUCUUCGGCGUCUAGUGAUCCCAUUCCUUUGACACCAGGACACUUUCUGAUAGGUGAACCGAUAACUGCUAUGCCAGAGGAAGAUUUAAUAACCGAUCCACCAAAAUUACUCAAUCGCUUUGAACAAGUGCAACGAAGUGUUCAACUAUUUUGGAAACGUUGGCAGAUGGAAUACCUCAACAAUUUACAGCAAAGAACAAAAGGGUUAUCAACGGCCAAACCAGAUUUGUUAGUUGGUCAAUUAUGUCUUGUUAAAGAGGAAAACCUGCCACCAUGUGUUUGGAUCACCGGGCGAGUAACAAAGGUACAUCCUGGACCAGAUGGACAUGUACGUGUGGCCUCUUUAAAAACACCUAGAGGUGAAAUCAAAAGAUCGAUUGCCAAGUUGUGCCCUUUACCCGUUGAAUAGUUUGCGUGGGGGGGAGUAUGUUGAGAUUCAAUAAAGCCUAACCCUAUAAGUUAUUUUCUUGACUUUAUUUCUGGCAACCCUUCCAGCAAUUGUGCAUGUGUUCGUAACAAUGUCAACCCACUGCCCCCGUCCGGUUCUGUCAAGUCAGUCUUUUCUCAACCAGUGACCUAAACAGACGUGCCUAAUAGUCCUUUCAGUGUUACACAAAUAGGAAAGAGAGAUGGGGGCUCAUUUACAAUUUUUCGCAUAAUUCGAGAAUUAGUCGAGCAAAUGGAAACAACUUUGGCAUGGGAAAGCAUUUGGAUACGUUAAGUGGUUAUUUGGCUAUUUGAGACUUCUUUCCCCUUCAAUUGGGGAUACAUUUAGGGAAGACGGGAGCUCACAUACGGUUGCUUUGCAUAAACCAAGUACUUAUCUAACAAAUGGAACCA